AUGAAAUUGCUGUUAAAGUUGGAAAUUUCCAUAGUUAAAUCAGGUCCAAAGUUCAGAAUGUUCAAUGCAUGGUUGAAUGGUGUGCAGACACCAAAUUAUAUUGCAUUAGCCACCCUCGGUUCAAAUGUGCUUAUAGAAUUAAAAGCAAACUCAUUCUUGCCGAGUAAAGAACCGACGAGCCUUACAUCGCGUACUGGUGACGGUGGAAGCUUGAAUUUGGACAAGAAACCAUUUUCACGUCCAUUUUCGAAGAGUCGAUUGGAGGGUAAGGGAAGCAGUGCCAGGAUGAGCAGCCCAACUCCAGUUGAGUCGAGCGCUUUGCUACGACAAAAUCAAGAACUUCGUCAGCGCUUACAAGAAGAAUCAAACAGUUAUAAAAGGCGAUUAGAUACUUAUAAACAAGCGCAAUCUAAUCAAUCAGCUCUUGUCAGCCGAUUGCAAGCAAAAGUUUUGCAAUACAAGCAAAGAUGUUCAGAAUUAGAAAAUCAAAUGAACGAAACUGUUCCGAUUUGUCCACAAUAUGGUGAACCAAAGUCAUUGAUUCAAACAUCAACUCCACUGCAAGCAAUUUGCCCUAAAUCUGGAUAUUCAACCACUGCACCAAUGAGUUUGCCAACGGUUUGUCCAAGUGAUGUCAAGGCUGGAAGUUAUUGUGGUGAUGAAUCUGAUGAAAGUUUUGAGCGAAAGCGUACUGAUGAGGAAAAGAAAUUUUGCGAACAAUUAAUUGCACAAAACGCACAACUUCGUGCUCAACUGGAAGAAUCUCAUCGAACAAAUGAAAGUUUGACUAAUGACUUGCAAAAAUUGACCAAUGAUUGGGAAAGCUUAAGAGAUGAAAUGUUGGCGAAGGAAGAUGAAUGGAAAAUGGAGGAAGAGGCUUUCAAUGAUUAUUACAACAAUGAACAUUCUCGUUUGCUUAGAAUGUGGAAAGAAGUUGUUGCAGUUAAGAGAGUUUUUAAAGAAAUGUCUUCAUCUACUAAAAUGGAACUUGGAAAGAUUCGUUGCGAAAUUGCUGGCACAACUCGUGAAGUUUCUGGAGCUUGUAGUGGUGUUUCAGUUAAUUUACGAAAUGCUACUAAAAUGGAUGAAGUUCAAAACUUGCACCAUGAACGUGAAUUGGGAGAGUUGAAAGCACAAAUUUCAACUUUAAGAAUUUCACAUGAAGGUGCUCGAAAUGAAAUUGUUCAACGUGACCAGAAGCUGCAACAAUUGAUGAAUGAUCUAAAAAUGCUUGAAGAUCGUUGCAUGCAAGCAGAAAAUCAAUGCUCACAAAACCAAAGGAUGAAUGAGGAAAUUGAGCGAUUAAAUGGAGCUUUGCGUGACAUCGCACAUGCUGUCGUUCAGGAUGCUGAUUCUGGCGAUGCUGAAACAACACAACAUUUGCAUUUGUCUCAACCAACUUCUGGAGGAGUACCACAACGUUCUCCUAAACGUGGAGCAAUGCGAGCAUCGCAAGCAUUUGCCGAAGGAACAAUAUCAGCAGUUCAAGCAGCAUUACAUAAGUAUCAACUUUCAAUCCAUGAUUUGCAAGUCAAAUUGCAAUCAACAAAAGAGUCACUGCAUUUGUCAAAGAAGCAACUUGAAUCGUCUGAAAUAACACGAGAAAAUGUGACAACACGAAUGAACGAGUUGACAGAGAAACUUGACACAACAAAUUAUCAAUUACAAGAGUUAAUCAAGGAACGUGAUAGUUUACAAAAAACUUUGGAUGACAUAAGAAAUGAUAAACAUAGCGUGGAACGAGGAAAAGCAGAAUUAAAUUCCAUAGUAAGUGCAGCAAACUUUUCUUGCUUUAUUCGUGUGCAAUAUGUUGAUAGUUUAAAUAUUGAUUAUGAGAAAUUACAACACAUAAAUUCAAAACUGCAAAAAGCUGUCGAUUCAUUAGAAGAGGAGAAAAAAUCUCUUCUUAUUGAUUUGAAGCGAAUAUCAAAAGAUAAAGAAAUUCAGGAAAUGAAUUUGAGGGCCGAAGAAGAAAGGUCAAGCAGAAUGAGAGAAGAAACUAUCACGUUACGAGAAGAAUUGAACAAACUUUAUUUAUCUCGGGAUUUACUUGAACAGCAACGUAUUGAAUCUGACGGUUUAUUAACAUUGCUGGAAAAACAAAAAAUGGAUUUAGAGUUUGAAGUUGAAAAGCUUAAUAACGAAAAACACGAUCUGAACAACAAUCUCGAAAAGAAAUGCAAUUCUGGAGAUAACCUUGAAGUUGAAAUAAAAGAAUUGCGAGCAAACAUUUUGCAAUUAGAAGACGAGAAAGGAAAACUUCAAGGAUUAUCAGCAGAACAGAGCAAUGAUAUUGUGUCAUUGAAAAAGGAACUUUUAGUCGCUGAACAAUCGCGUUUAGAUUUGGAAUCUGAAAAACUUUCAAUCAGUGAAAAGUUGAAAAUCAUUGAAAUUGAAAAGGAAAAAGUUGAACAAGAUUUGAGUGCAGUUUCACGAGAACGUGGAGAUUUAUCUAAUCAAGUUACUUCAUUGACACGCAAGAAGGAAGCAAUGGGUGAAGAGAUCUUAAGAACCAGACAACGUCUUGAGCAAGCAAAUGAAAUGAAUGCAAGAUUGAAUCGAAAUCUUGAAGAAUUAGUCAAAGAAGGUGACGAAAAAUGUAUUUUAAUUGAAGCUCAAGAGAAAGAUUUGCAACGUCUUCAAGAACAACUCGCUGCAUUGAGAAGUGAAAAAGAAUCUCUUGAAGCCGUUCUAUUUGAUACAAAUACCACUUUGGAAGCAACAGAAAUUAAAAAAGAUCAACUUGAACAUGAAUUCCAAGAGUUACUUGUAAAACAAGAAAAUUUGAAGAAUCAAGUUGCGCGAAUGAACAAAGAUUUGGAGACUUCUCAAAGACGAGCUCAAGAAAUGAAAACACAACUGACAAAUGCUGCUGCUACUCAAGAAGCUGACUUCUUGCAUAAAAUCGCACAUUUAAAAGAUUGUAAUGAAGAAAACAUUAAAAAAUUAAAUGAAGAAAAAGAACAAAUCAGAAUGGCUUUGGAGAAGCGAAUGAAUCAAACACUUCAAGCACUUGAAGCGAAUAAAGACGCUGAAAUUCACAUGUUAAAAGAACAGUUUGAAGGCUUACAAAUGCAUUUAGAUUCGACUGUUCAACAGCAUGAAGAAGUUCUUAUAAGAGCAGAAAAUGACAAGCAACAAGCCCUGAUGCUUGCACAUCGUGACAAACAAGCAGUCAUUGAAAAGCUUGAAGCAGUUUCACGUGAACUUAAGAACGAGGCGGAAAAUUGCGAGAGAAUGAAGCGUGAAUUCACAAGUCGCAUUGAAAAAGAUCGAAAUGUGAUUGCGGCUUUGCGUGAAGACAUUACCAAAGUCAAAAGUAAGCUUGAAGAGAAUCGAAUUAGAGCUGAAGAAGAACAAAAUAAAUUCGAGUUACAAAUUUCUGCUAUAAAAGAAGAACGUGAAAAUUCAUUACGUGAAGUUGAAGAAUUGAAAGUUCAAUUGCGACUUUCAGAAGACAAAGUUGAUGCUUAUAAUCAUGAACUUUCUGACACUAUGCGAAAAUUGCGAGAAUCUGAAAACAACUCAGAAGUUCAACGUAAAGAAUUGACAGACACACGUCGAUAUCUUGCUGACAGUAACAUUGAAAAAGAAAAAUAUGCCACGUCAAACAAGGAGCUUCGAGAUCAUAUCAAAAGAGUCGAGGUGCAACGUCGAGAACAGUCACGAUCAAUCGAAGACGCUUUGCAGAAAAUAACUUCACUCGAAGAGACAAGAAAUACUUUGGAGAAUGACAAAGUACGCUUGUCGACUAUAUUAAAGGAAACAGAGAACAACGUCACAAAAAUAACUCAAGAAUUAGGAGCUGCAACUAAUAACAUUCAAAAACUUCAGACAAAUGCUUCUCAAAAGGAUAACCAAGAGAAAGAAUUGCAAGGGCGAUUGAAUAAUGAAAUUGAAGAGAAAGAACGAAUCUUACAAGAAUUGCACAAUUUGAAGAAACAAGUUUGUGAUUUGGAUCAAAAUUUGCAUGCUACGAGACAAGAACUUGGUCGCGCUCGUUGCAAAGCGAAUCAAGACGAUGGUCGCUUCCAUUGUCGUGAACAAGAACUCAUUGGACGCAUUGAAGAAGGUCGAGGAAGAGAAAAACGUUUGGAAGAUCAAAAGCAUAAUCUUGAAGUGUGUUUAGCAGAUGCAACUCAACAAAUUCAAGAGUUGAAAGCAAGACUUGGUGGUGCUGAGGGUAAAGUUCGUGCUUUAGAUGAUCAACUCAUGCAUUCAGAAGCUUGCAAGAAAGAUGCUGAAAUUAAGCUUAGUUCAAUUGGUCAUACAUUGCGGCGAAUCGCUGGUGUACAACUUGACGGAUCUGUAAGCAUGCCAUACCGAUUAUUAAGCCCAUCAAGACGUUACAGCCCAGCUCGUGGAUGUCAAGCAGACUUCCAUGAAAGCCGUAGCUUAUCUGGUGACAAUCUCAUCGUAGACGUUGAUCCCGAACUUGUCCGAAAAGGAGUUCGAACAUUAAUGCAUCAAGUAGCUCAAAUUGAACGAGAACGUGAUGAUUUCAAAACACAACUUUGCACUGCUAAAAAGCAGAUUCAAGAAGCUGGUGAAGUCAACUGCCGUAACGAAAGCAAAAUAUGUAAAAUGCAGCAAAAUUUACGAGCAGUUCAAGAAGAGAAAGCUUGCGUUGAAUCACAAUUGAAGCAAAAAACUAAUGCACUAUGUGCAUGUGAAGAAGCUCUUAAGGGUAAAACGGAAGAGUUAAAUAUGCUACGUGAGAAGAAUGCGUCGCUUGAAAUGUCUCUUGGAAGUUUAUGCGAAGAGAAAACUCAAUGUGAAGAGCGUCUGGAUAAGUGUCGUCAGUCUGUUGCUCGAUUGGAGUCAGAAAAACGACAUUUACAAGAUGAAUUAUCACGUGCAGAAGGAAGAGCUUCCAAAUUAGAUCUCCAAAGAGUUGCUUUGGAAGGUGACAUUCAACGUCUUCAAAUGGCAUUGCAAGAGAAAGAUUGUGCAUUGAAAAAUGUUACUGAACGAUGGGAACAAGCAAACAAAUCGUCAGCUCAAUUGGAAGACCGCUGUGUUGCUCUAAAGACAACAAUUGACCAGUUAAAAGAUCGCGUGCAAGCUGCAGCAAUUACUGAAACUGAAAUGAAAGCUGAAAUUAAUUGUUUGAACAAAGAGCGAGCUGAUCAAAAUCAGCAUUUGAUUAUCCAUCAAGAUAAGAUUAAACAUAUUCAGAAGACAUUAACAAAUAGUGAAAAUGAACGUCGUGUGCUUGCUGAACGUUUGGAACAAUCCCAAAAUUCUGUCAAUGAACUACGUCGUUCACAACAAUCUAAUCAGGAUAACAUGCAACGAUUACAAGAACAAUUAGCUGAGAUGGAAGUUGCUAAAUCUUCACUCGAAUCUCAAUUGAGAAUCGUUAAGUGGAAUCAAGAAAAUCCUGAUGCAUCUGGUGGUGGUGGUGGGGGUGGAAUGGGUGACAAAGGGAAUGAAUACGACGGCCGUGAAAAAUCUGAAAUGCGAAGAAAAAUUGAUACACUCAAUGAGAAAGUUCGUUUGCUUGAACAUGAGAAACGUUAUGGGGGUGGCGUAAGUGGAUCUGUAGGCGCAACAAGUGGAAGCAAAUUUUCUGGUCACGUACAAUUCGACCGCGCUGAGAAAUAUGAGAGUCACGGUGAAUAUGAUUCUAACCGAAUGGAAACAGAUCGUUUCCCAUGUGGGUUGGAUCACGUCCAGAUUGAAAACGAGUGCCGUGAUUUGCGAAUGAAAGUGAGACGUUUGGAAACUCUGUUGGCGGAAAAAGAAGCUGAAUUGGCAAGAGCAAAAGCCAAAUUUUCAGAAGCACCAAAGUGUUCAACCAACGACGCUGAGAGAUAUCGACAUGCUCAACUUCAAGCCGAAAGAUUAUUGGAUGCAAGAGAAAAUUCUCACAAACAGCAAAUAUUGAGGCUUGAAAAUCAAAUUUCAAUGUUGCGGGAACAAUUGGCGCAAGAAGCUAAGCGUAGACAACUCUACAUACUUCGCAGCUCUAGGGCGGGACGCGAAGCACAACAAUUGAGACAAACUCUUGGCGAUUCUUUGCGUAAUGUGGCACAAGAACCUAUCGAUCCAGUUUUAUUAGAAAACGAAACUAGAAGACUCGAUAAUGCAGCCACAAUGACUCAUAGUUUACCCCCGUGUUAUGAUAGAAGCAGUCCCACUGGAUUUCGUUAGAUCGAAAUCUUUACUCAAGGAAGUUAGAGAAGAAUGUGCAACUGAAUGAUAGUCGUAAAAUUAGAUUUUGCCUUUAAUGCAAGAAGUAAUUGAUUCAAAUGGAAAUCAAAUCAGAAAUUAGAGAAAGCAAUGGAAACAAAAAUAAAACUGCCUC